ACGUUAGUUAGCUAGUAAUGCACUGACGGCGGGGAGUCACCAUGUCCCGCUUCAACUAACAACUGGAAACAAAACAGUUAUGCUAAGACAUCUAUAAGCAGCAUGGACAGUGAGUGCCUGGUGUUGUUGCCACGAGUGUGCGCUGUACUAGCGGACCCCAGACAGUCCCUACCAGAUGACACCAGCCUCGAGAAACUGCUGGACUGGUUCACUGGUCUCACCAAGGAGGGCCUGACCAAACCCCUCCUCCAGCUACAGACUGACCCCAGCCUAUUCGUCGCCUCGGCCGCAAAUCACCUCGUGGCCCGCCUCCUAACCUUCCACCAGCCAGCUACAACCUCACCCACAACCCGCGGGAAUGGCCUCACUGUUCCACCCAAUAAAGAAGAGGUAGAAUUGGACGUAACCAUGGAGACAAGUCCAGGAAGCGGGUGUUCCAUCACCAUGGAGAUCUUGAAGCACCUGGAGAGCUCUCUGGAGACGGACAGCCACACCCAGGUGCCCCAGGGGCUGAGGCUGCUGGCCCUGACUCUCCCCAAGCUGGAAGCUCCUCUCCGGGGCAGGGUGAUCAGGCGAGUCCUGAGGCCUCUGGAGGGGUUGGUCCUAGAAGGCCGCAGAGCAGUCACACAGCCUCUAAUGGACGUCCUACUGGCUACAUACAGGUCCGGUCCGUGAGACUCCAGACUCGUCUCUCUGAUGGCGUCCAUGUUGAACACCCAGAAUCCCUCUGACGCUGCGCUGUGUGCCGCCGCCACCCUCCAUCCGGAGACCUGGUAACAGACACACACUAUUCCGUGGCCAGCGUAGCUGACUGACUAACUGGGUAUUGUUUCAGUCCUCCAGGCCUCAGACAGAAGGUCGUAGCUGACUGACUAACUGGGUAUUGUUUCAGUCCUCCAGGCCUCAGACAGAAGGGCGUAGCUGACUGACUAACUGGGUAUUGUUUCAGUCCUCCAGGCCUCAGACAGAAGGGCGUAGCUGACUGACUAACUGGGUAUUGUUUCAGGCCUCAGACAGAAGGGCGUAGCUGACUGACUAACUGGGUAUUGUUUCAGUCCUCCAGGCCUCAGACAGAAGGGCGUAGCUGACUGACUAACUGGGUAUUGUUUCAGUCCUCCAGGCCUCAGACAGAAGGGCGUAGCUGACUGACUAACUGGGUAUUGUUUCAGGCCUCAGACAGAAGGGCGUAGCUGACUGACUAACUGGGUAUUGUUUCAGGCCUCAGACAGAAGGGCGUAGCUGACUGACUAACUGGGUAUUGUUUCAGGCCUCAGACAGAAGGGCGUAGCUGACUGACUAACUGGGUAUUGUUUCAGGCCUCAGACAGAAGGGGCGUAGCUGACUGACUAACUGGGUAUUGUUUCAGGCCUCAGACAGAAGGGCGUAGCUGACUGACUAACUGGGUAUUGUUUCAGGCCUCAGACAGAAGGGCGUAGCUGUUCUACUGGGACCUCUACAGAUGGUUACUGGAGUAACUCUGCUGGACUGGCACAAUGAACAGAGUUCGACUGUGUGAUAAUAGGUUGCUUCUUGCGUAAAUAUUUUCUGUCUGGAUUUUAAUGUCCAUCAGUGUGUCUGAUCAACAGACUGACCACAGACACACUGAUGGACAGACUGACCACAGACACACUGAUGGACAGACUGACCACAGACACACUGAUGGACAGACUGACCACA